AUGAUGCUAAAAUCUUCUGUUGCUAGAAAAGAUCUAUUUGAUUUGCCAUUUAGUUUCUUUGAAACUAUAUUGUUCUAUCUUCCAUUUGACAAACUUUGGUUGUUUACACUACAUGAUUCUGAGGCCAUAAAAGACAUUGCUUUGUCAAUAAUAUUCCAGUCAGUUUAUUUCAGGAGUUCUGUGGACGAUUAUCUUGGGAAUUAUCAAUGUGCUGAAUAUAAGAUAUACAUUCGUUUCUGCGAUUUCUUUUUGUUCAAGUCUCAAUUCCUAAACCAUUUGAAUGAGUUGUUCUUAAGUGUGGAAUAUAAAUUAAUUAAAGAUCCAUAUUUUGAAAAAAUUAUCCUGUUUGGGAAAAAAAUAGAGACAAUUUCGUUUGAUAUUUUCAAUCACAAUGAACAACCUGAUGAUCGAGUUCUAAAUAACAUAUUUAGAUUACUCUGGCUGAACAAUGCUCAUUCAUUAAUAAGAUUUAAAUUUGUAUGUAAAGAACCUUUUACCACUCCUUUUAAUGGCGAUGAGGAGAAUAAUGUGACAUACUCUGGAGGUUUGGAUAUAUUUCAAAAUGGAAAGAAUAAAACUAGUUCAUUGUUUGAUUUAAAAAAAUUGAAAAGCUUAAACUUAUCUCAUAACAAAAUAUCUGAAAUGACAAAUCUAUUUGAAAAUGUAGUCAAUCUAAGAUAUUUGGAUUUAUCUCGCAAUAAUAUAAAUAAAAUUGACAAUUUAUCAGCACUACCAAAUUUAUCAGUUCUUAAAUUAAAUUUUAAUGAUAUUGAAAAAAUUGAAAAAUUAUCCAAAUUGAUUAGCUUAUCCAGAUUGGAUAUAAAUUCCAAUGAUAUUCAAAAAAUUAAGAACUUAUCAGCUUUAAUAAACUUAAAAUCCCUUAAUUUAUCUGAAAAUUUGAGUAAUUUAACAAAAUUAAAUCUAUCUGCAAAUUAUAUCAAUAAAAUUGAAAAUUUGAAUAAUCUUAGUAAAAUUGAAAAUCUUUCAAAUUUGCUAAAGUUAAAAGAUCUAGAUUUAUCUUAUAAUAAGAUAAAAACAAUUGAAAAUAACUGUUACUCAACUUUGUUAAAUUUGGCUGAAAAUGAAAUUACCUCCAUAUGUUUAGUUCUGGAUUUAAGUAUAGCGCAGUCAUUAGUUUCAAAUUUGGAUAUAACAGAAACUUUUAAUUUAAAUUACUUGAGAAAUGUCGAAAAAUUAAAUGUAAAAUACAAUAAGGUUCAUACAAUUGCGAUUUCAAAUUCCGUUGAUUUUCCUAGCUUGAAAUCAUUAAAAAUGCAUCGCAAUGAAUUGCGUAAAGUAACAAAUUUCGGCAAAUUUAUCAAUCUUACAGAAUUGAAUUUGUCAUUUAAUAAUAUUGAUGGGAUUAAUCACGAGUUUGGAAAUUUAUUACAAUUGGAAGAAUUAAACUUAGAACUGAAUAGAAUUAAAUCGUUUGGUGGUAAUUUUUUUCCUAAAUUAAAAAGGUUAUAUUUGGAACACAACUUGUUGAAAAAAUUUGAAAUCUAA